AUGUUCUCUUUGGGAUCCCAUCGGUUUAAUUCUUUCAUCUCGGCGCACGUGCAACUUUCGACGGUAGCCUGCCUCCCCUCUGAGGAGCUUUUUUGCUUCCUUUCUGUGACCUGCGAGUCAAGCCGCCGGAGGGCCAACCCUUGGCAACUUUCCAAAUCUGUGAUCUAGCCGCCUGGAAGGCCCGUCACCGGAAGCCCCGCCCCUUUGUAGCCGGUGUCCUUCAUUCGGUCUUACUGUCCAGCCAGAAAACGGCUGCCAGGUUCUCAGGGUUCCCCGGUUGAAAUGUUUCCUGUUUUGUUCUGUUUGAAAUGCUGUUAACAUGUUCCAUAAGCUUGUUUUUCAUAUUUUCUCAUUUCACUAAGAUGGACUUUUGGCGCUUUUAUUUGAUGAAUCUAAAAUGAAACUUACAUAUUUCAUUCUUCUUUUUCAUAUUCCGUUUAAACUUUUUUGAUUUUUUUUUUCUGAGCGCAUAUCUUGCGUAUUUUUAUAUGAACCUAUAAUUGUUAUUAAGAGCCUUUUUUUCAUCCAAAAAACUAACAAAAAAAAAAACUCCAAAAAAAUGUAUUGAACACAUAGAUAAUUGUCACCAACUAGAAGGGCAAUGAUUUGAAUGGCUAGUACUGAACGGUUGACAAAAUUUCCACUCACAAGUCCUAUAGAGAAUUCGCAAAAUGUUCUGGUCAUCUGACUUGAAGCUUUUGAAAUCCUCAAAUUAUUUUUUUUAGUUUUUUGCGUUUCUCCGAUUAUGCAAAUCAUGUAAAGACAAACUCCUAUAAUUCCAGAUGCCUCACUUUUUCUGGCCACAUCAUUUGCAUGAAUUGUACAACGUCAUAACCCAGAAACAGAAUGUGAGUUUAUAUGAUCGCACUAGACAAAAACGAGAUUUUUUUUUUGAACUUUUUCUUAUCAUAAAACUAUUGGUUUUCAAUAAAUCUGAAAAAGUUUGAAACUAUGUGCAUAAUCUUCAGAGUUAACAAAUUGCAGUCCGUUGAUCAAGUGGAUCGACUCAAUUUCUGGUUCACUCCACUCGUUUUGUACGUGGUCGCCUCCGGAAUCGUCGGCCACCAAAUGCUCGGACAACCAUUGAGAUGCUGGUUACCUUAUACAUACAGCUGUAUUUCCAACUUUGAUUCGAAAAUAACCUACUCGUCUUCAGCAAGUUGGCACCAUUAUACCUAUGAAUAUUGCUUUAUUGCCGACAAAUACUUUCUUCCGCUCGACGAAAACAUAUCGGAUGUGCAUUAUCAAAGCAAAUUUUCUUAUUAUCGUUGGGUGCCUUUAAUGCUGGCUUUUCAGGUAAACUUGGUUUUGAUAAUAAUUAUUUCAUCAUGGGAACCGGAUUUUUUGAUCUUGAAUUAUAGUCGAACCUCUCCGACUUGAAAGGCGACGGAGGCGGAAAAGUUCACGGUUUUUAUAGUCAAUGUUUCCCGACUUGAAAGGCGAGGGAGGCGGGGCAAGGGGCGGGACGCGUAGCGUGUGCUUACGCGGUUAUUGGCGCCAGUUCAAUUCAAUCGCCGCCGACUAUUUAAAAAGCUCGGCAACCGCUCUUUUUUGUAUUUUUCUUCUAUUUUUUUGAUGCACACAGGAACAUAAUCAAUAAAUAAAUAAAAAAAGAAGGGAAAAGAGCGAUAAAUGAGCUCUCCAAAUAGUCGCUGGUGGUUGAAUUGAACACGUGCCAAGAACCGCGUACGCACACGCUACGCGUCCCGCCCCUUGCCACGCCUCCCUCGCCUUUCAAGUCGGGAAACAUUGACUAUAGCACGAGUUCAUUUCAAACGUCAUAGACUUUUAAAAAGCUUGGUCACCGCUCUUUUUAUACUCCUGUUGUUCUACUAUUUUUGAUGGUACAAUGAAACAAAAAAUUAGUGAGGAAUUGAAAAAGAAUGAAAAAAGCGAAAAAAAAGCUUCCCAAACAGCCGCUGGCGGUUGAAUUGAACUUGUGACAAGGACCGCAUACGCGCACGCUACACGUCCCGCCUCUUUCUCUUCUUUCCUCGCUUUUCAAGUUGGGAAAAAAUUGCCUAUCAAAGCGAAAAUCGUGAUGAUUUGCUCGCAAUAACUGUGUAAAUAAAAAAGUUUCACAUUGGUUUUUUUUUCGCGUUAUUCCCGCAAUUAAGAAAAGUUUAAAGUAAACAGAUUUUGUUUUUUUAUAAUUAAAUUCGGACAAGAUGUUUAGAAAGGAAAUUAUUGAAUAAUGAUUCAGAGUUUGAUUAUAUUCUGAAGUUUUUCCAUUUUGCUUUUACUCUGUUUGAUCUCUGACCACAACUCAAACAGAGUGUUUUGAUUGAGUGUGACUUAUUUGAAAUUCUUUUUUCUUUUCUAAAUCACAUGUACUUAUCCUGCACCUCUCAGUUACUGAUUUUCUUUAUUUUUUAAACUUUUCCAAAUUUUGUUAGAGAAAAACGUAGCUUGAACUCGAAUCGACUUCAAAAAAGUUCGAAAGAUUUAAUAGUCCGGAAGAAUACAUCCCUUUCGUUAUCAGUUUUAUCUUGCACCAAUAAAAACCAAUAAAAUUCACAGUAAUUUGAAUCAACAAAAAAUUAUACCAAAAAGAAGUAUCAAGAUACGUAAUCCGUUCCUCGAGAAGUUAAUAUGUCAAAAAAUGAUUAAAGCGCAGUCUUAUUUUCAAGAAGCCCUCCAAAGUUUCGUGGAUAAAUGACAUCUUAUUUUUAAAUGAAUCAUAAAAAAAAUUUCUUUAUUUUCGAGACUUUUAAGCUAUAUAUUUGAAAGUGCUUCAAUAUUUUUCUUCAUUCCAGGCAUACCUUUUCUUGGUUCCAGGAAAAAUUUGGAAUUAUUCGCAAGAACAAACAGGUUGAAUUCAAAAGUUUUUCACUCAAGUCAUAUCUUUGUUUUCAGAGCUGAACCCCUUCUCUUUUAUAAGUUCGAGUCGAAUCAUUUCCGAAAAAAUUGGAAAAGAGCGCCGUGAGGAGCUCUACCGCAUGUCGGACAGCAUAAUUCCGAUUCUUCGGGAUUGCAAUGAAAGCCGCAGCAUCGUUUACAAUGUAUCUCUUCAAACUUUCAGAACCCAAAAUUUUCAGCUGCGCCGUACUUGGCUGUUCUCCGGAUCGCGUUUGGGUGCUGUUUAUAUCAACUGCAAACUCUUGAUGCUUGCCAACCUUUUCGGACAAUUAUUUUUGACAUGCUUCUUUUUGGGGAUUGAUAGUCCCUUUUGGGGAUGGAAGGUUUAAAACCAACGCCAACUAAAUUCUAGCUGUAACUUUUCAGAUCAUGUUCUCCAAGCAGCUCAACAGGGACACACUCUUUCCUACAAGGAUGACGUGCAAGUUCGAAGUUUGUUUCUUGUUCGAAUAAAAAUUAGAAAAGUUUGGAAACACAAAACUUCAGAUUCGCGAAGUUGGACAGCCCGAAAAACAAAUAAUUCAGUGCGUUGCGCCGCUGAAUGCGUUCAACUCGCAUUUUUAUACUUUGUUCUAUUUCUGGUAGUAAUUCAAGAAGAUUCUUUCUAGAAAAAACAUUGUUUCAGGAACGUAGCUCUCAUUGUCAUAACAACGAUCGCGACAUUGCAAUUUAUUGUUUUGUACUUGUUUCUACCUUCUUGGCUACUACCAGGAUGUUUGAACCAAAUUGUGAGUUUUAGAAAAUCAAAUUCUAUUCGAAUAUUUUGAGCCCUUGAGAGAAGAUAAUAGAGUACGAUUCCAGGAUGGGAUGACCUCGAAACUGGAAAAGAAGUUCCUCGAAAAAUUUCUCUAUUCUGACGGUCUCAUCUUGCUCUAUGUUCUGCAGCAUUGUAUCAACGGAAUGUUCGCCAACGAUCUUAUGCAUAAAUUCGUGGAAGCUUUCCUCCAAGAAGAGAAUAUUCUCUUGGCUCCUGACGGCAAAAUCAUCUAUGAACGUUUGGGCUUUCCCGAAAUGGAUCAAGAAAACCCCGACAGCACAAAUGAAACUGUUAGUUUGAGUAUACAUAGGUCAUAGGUUCCAUGGAAAAGUAUAGUUUAUUCACGGCUGGCUUGAGCCAUCAAAAAUGGUCUUGACACGACAAUUUACGAGACAGUGCCUGGCUCGUGGAGUGCGCAGACAGGACACGCUUUCUUAGCGUCUAAAGCUAGCUGUGAAUCGGCUAUAGAACGUGAUCGAUUUCAAGCGCCAUUAUUGAAUUGAUUCAAAUGUUCGCACAUUUUACCUGUUUCUUAUCUGUUAACUUUUUUAUUUUUGAUUAGGAAAAGAGUUUGAUAAAAUAAGUUGAGUAUAAAAAGCAUCGGAAAAAAACCUUUAACUAGAAAGCUAAAAAAAUUUGGACCAAAAAGUUGAGCAAUUUUUCCCGUGUAGAUGUCUGCUUUGAAAAACAGGUGCAAACGAGAAACUUUUAAGACCGGCGGUUAAAAAAAAUUUCUGUUGUAAAUAAUUACACAACGGUUGGAGGAAAAGUUUUAUUUUUGAAAAAAAAAAUUUCAGUUUUUGAAAUCAUAUUUCAAAUCCCAAUUUCGCUACCAAGCGGGUGUUUGAGCAAGGUUUCCGACACCUUCUCAAGUAUUACUUUCUUUUUAAAUUUUUAUUUUUUUGAAAUUUUGUGUCGAAUUUCAGAACGGGGAAGAUGCUCCAGCGAAACCUUCUUGGUUGCACGGUGAAGAAGGUAUCCUGGAAGACGAAGAGAAUCAGUUUUUCACACGAAAAACAUGAAUCAUGUCGAGGUUCGUAUUAGAGAGAAUCCUAGAAGGAAUUUGUUAUAGCUGUCCAAAAAUCAAGUUAUCAAUUUCUCAAUAGAUUAUAUUCUUGAUUUUUCUUUUCUAUAGAUCCUUUCUUUUUUAUUCUAAAUAGUGUGGAACUUCAGGAAUUUUCCGUGGAAAUAUAUGGAUGGGCCCAUAUUCGACGUAUGUAGGAAAGUACGCCCUGAGGGAGGAAACUUUUUUCAAAUAAACUCAGUUUUUUAUCCAAUUACAUGCAUAGUUUAUCAUCUGAUGAACCACAUCUCUUAUUUCCCAAUGUUUAAUUUUUUCCCAGCCCGUUCCAAAACCAUUCGUACUGAACGGUCAUUUUCUGCUUUUCCCACCGAAAUUCGCAUUUUUUGAUCCUAUGUGUUUCUAUGUGUAUUUGGUUUUCAUGUACUCCAUUUUUUUCCAAUUUCUAUGUAGUCUCAACCAAAAGAUUCAAGCUGACAAACUACAUUCCUACAUUGUCUUACAACGGUUUUUUAGGGUUUUUUCUCGAUCCUUAAUUUGAUUUCCACGUUUUUUCAAUUAGAUUACAGUAUACAGUGAAUUCAAUUUCUAGUAGUUCUUUCAAUUGUUCAACUUUUCCUUGUCGGAACAAUGUGUUCUUUGUUUGGUGAAAGAAUGUUCUCUUUGGGAUCCCAUCGGUUUAAUUCUUUCAUCUCGGCGCACGUGCAACUUUCGACGGUAGCCUGCCUCCCCUCUGAGGAGCUUUUUUGCUUCCUUUCUGUGACCUGCGAGUCAAGCCGCCGGAGGGCCAACCCUUGGCAACUUUCCAAAUCUGUGAUCUAGCCGCCUGGAAGGCCCGUCACCGGAAGCCCCGCCCCUUUUUAGCCGGUGUCCUUCAUUCGGUCUUACUGUCCACCCAGAAAACGGCUGCCAGGUUCUCAGGGUUCCCCGGUUGAAAUGUUUCCUGUUUUGUUCUGUUUCGUUCUGUCUUUCCCCCCAAUCCGUUUUUUUUUUCAUAAAUUCUCAUCAGACCAAGAUAGAUCGACCUAUCUUAUGCGAUAAAUUUUUGAAGUUCGCGUUAUUGAAAUUUUGAAAUGUCAGUCUUUUUCCCACAUGCUUCCGAUAUUUUGUUGUUUCUCUUUUUUGAGGGUAUUUCUUGAGCAUCUUUAUUGAGUUACUCUUCUCAAUAAAUAACUUUUUUCAGAAUAAAGAAAAGACUUUUGAAACAAACUUUUCGAGCUUUUUUGCAUUGACUUUUAGCUGAUUCAUGGUUAGCUAGGGCCAUCGGGAAAGGGGUCCAAACGCGAUAAAGAAAACAAGGCUUGGUUCGGGAAUGAACACAGAGAGACCAAGCUCCCCCUACAGCUAUCCGUGAAUAGGUUUAAUUCAGAAACCGGUGUUUGCCCUGACCGUUAAGUUUGUUUCUUGAGAAUUAUACUUUUUAAAUCCUUCAGAAAUAGUAGAAGGUGACGUUUUCAAGGCUUUCAAUAGGCGUUUUCAUAUUUUGUUUCUUUUUUUUAUCAUAUCGAAGAUGCCAUGUUGAAAAAAAGACAUUUCUGAUUCAGAUGGCGACCUUUCUUUGGUCUCACUUAUUUGAAGAACUUCAUUGGAAAAUUAUAGGCAGCCGCAAUGUGAGUUUUUCACCAAAUAAUCGUCAGGGAGUAAGGGGCUUCAGGAUUCUUCAAACAGUUUCUUUUUAUUCAAAAUUCAUAGUGUUUUUCCAAUUGGGUUCGAAGUUUUAAAAUGAGAAAAAUGAAGAUUUUCAUGCACAGAAACCAAAUAAAGUUGCAGAUAGUUGACCAUUCGGAUCGACUAAACUUAUGGGUCACUCCCCUUGUUUUGUACGUGGUCGCCUCCGCAAUCGUCAGCUACAAUAUGCUCGGAGAGCCAUUGCGCUGCUGGUUACCUUAUACAUUCAUCUGUACUCAAAUUUUCGAUUCGAAAGUUACUGUAUUUACUUAUUUUCAGCAAGUUGGGAGACUUACACGCACAGUUUCUGCUUUAUAACGGACGUCUACUUCGUUCCGAUUGAUGAAAAAAUAUCGGAUAAGCACCGUCAGCGCAAAUAUUCUUAUUACCGAUGGGUGCCGCUAAUGCUAGCUUUUCAGGUGAGGAUAGAUUGGAUUAGAGUUUUUAUCAGGUUGUUCGGUAUACUGCAUCGAAAAUCAAAAAAAAAAACGGAGCUUCAAAUAAUACGUUGCUUAAGGAAUAUUUAAAGUUUCGAAAAAUUUUCGUAAAAAAUCGUCAUCGGAUGCAUUUUUUAACAACAUCCAGAAAUUUAGUUUUAAGACUGCAAACAAAAUACAAUUUUUUUUUCCGAAAUACUAGGAAACCGCAACAUCUUCGACGAACCAUUUUUGGAUACUUUGAAAUCUCAAUAAGGAAAAGAAUAUUUCAUUCAUGAGUUGUCAUUCAGACUAAAACUCGAGAAACUUUCAAAAAGAGAGUGGAAAAUUGAUUGAAUGAUUUUCUCAAUGAAAAUGGUUCUCCUGAAUGUAAUUAUUUGAUUGAAGUGCGCACCAAAAUUUAUAGAAGCUUUUGAACAAUCUAACAAAACGACUAAUUUUGUCUCAUUUAGUCGCAUUGAAGUGAGUCUGAAAAGAAAUUAGUAUGAAAGAUCGUAAUUUCCUAUUUAAAAACAGUUUUCUGAAGUUUUUAGGCCGUCCUGUUCGUGAUCCCAGGAAAACUUCGAAAGCUUCUGCAGAGCAAAACAGGUAAGAAUAAAAAAAAAUUCACUUUGUAACCAAAUUUUAAUUCUCAGCUGUUGAUCCUUCAUUUUUCAUCAAAACGGGCGAAAAAAUAUCGUGCGACAAUGAAAAUGAGCGCAAAACGCAGCUCUACUGGAUGACCGACAACAUUAUCUCAGCCCUUCGAGACUGCAACGACAACCGCAGCUAUGUUUGAAUCAUUCAUCUUCACGUGUUUAGAACGAACUGGAUUUACAGCUUCGUAGAGCUGGCCUGUUUUCCGGAUUGCGGUUGUCAGAAAUUUACAUCUUUUGCAAGGCUUUGUCUAUUGCGAACCUUUUUCUACAACUUGCCGUGACUUGCUUUUUUUUGGGUGUCGAUAGUCCUCUUUGGGGAUGGAAGGUUUGAAAAAUUGUGACAAGAAACGGAUAACUACUUCUUUAGAUCCUCUUGUCCGAUAAAACUUACAAAAACACACUGUUUCCUGUAAGGAUAUUAUGCGAGUUCCAGGUUUUUUCUUCUUUGUAUAACCAAGUUAAACGCGAAAAUUCAGGUUCCAGACCUGAGCCAGCCUGAAAAGCAUUCAAUUGACUGCGUUGCACCGCUGAAUGCGUUCAAUUCAAAUUUCUAUACUGUUUUCUACUUCUGGUAUUUUUUUCCAGAGAUUUUUUUCCAAGAAAAGUAUCUUCUCCAGGAAUGUAAUUCUCCUAUUCAUUACAACGACCGCGACAUUGCAAUUCAUUAUUUCAUUGGUUUUCCUACCUUCUUCUCUCUUACCAGGGCAGAUAGACCGAAUAGUGAGUUUGAGAAGAUCUAGUGAUGCUCUUAAUUUGUCGACUCUCAGAAGAAAGUUAUAAGGUGGAGUUCCAGGCUGGGAUGACCUCGGAACGAAAAGAAAGAUUCCUCAAAGAGUUUCUCUCUUCUGACGGUCUCAUUUUGCUCUAUGUGCUGCGCUACCGUUUCAACAAGGUCUUCGCGAAGAACAUCCUUCACAAGCUCGUAGAGGCUUUUCUCCAAGAUGAGAGCAUUGUUUUGGCCCCUGACGGCACCGCCGCUUACAAACCUUUCAGCUUCCAGAAAACGGAACAAAACGGAGCUGCAUAA